UUGAGCCUAGUUUAAAAUGGCCGAACGGUAUGAUCGAGCUGUGACCAUCUACUCACCCGAUGGCCACCUUCUGCAGGUGGAAUAUGCCCAGGAGGCCGUUCGCCGGGGCUCCACUGUGGUGGGUCUGCGCACCAGCAACGCCAUCGUGCUCGGCGUGGAGAAGAGGUCCGUGGGCGAUUUGCAGGAGGAGCGAGUGGUGCGCAAGAUUUGCAUGCUCGACGACCACGUGGCGUUGACUUUUUCGGGGCUCACGGCGGAUGCACGGAUCCUGGUUAACCGCGCCCAAAUGGAGUCCCAGAGUCAUCGCUUGAAUUUCGAGAAGCCCGUGUCCGUGGAGUACAUAACCCGGUGA